AUGGCGCCAUCACCACCACCCGCCGGCGAGGAUCUCGUGCCUCCUUCCGCCGCCGAGUCUCCGCUCGCUUCUCUCGUUUACUAUCUCUCUCAAAAUGCGCAAGUUGCGAUGGACAACAUGCUUAAGAUGACAAAUGAAAUUGAUCAAAGUUCUGCUGGCAUAAAAGAGGAGAUAGAGAAGACCAGAGAUGCUGCUCUUCAGAGGAAGGUUGUUUUAGAAGAAGAGAAAGAUAAUUUUCAGAAAGCUGCUUUAGCGGUUCUUGACAUGCUUCAUGGCCGUGAUAGCAAUUGA